AUAGAUUGCCAUUAUAUAAACCUUGUCCCCAACCUCCAGAGAACCUUCAUCCUACUUCCAUUUUACAAAAUAAAUAAAUAAGUUUUAAGUUUUUUCUCUUCCCCCUUAGUUAAUAGUUUCCCCGUUCGUCGUCUGAUUCUAUAAAAGAAGGAGCAAUUGAAACUGCGCUCUGCUUUUUUAUAGUAUCAGACGGCGAAUAGACAAAAUCCUUCGUCCCAAACAAAGCUCCCUAUUGAAAUCUUAACAGAAGAAGAAAUGGCAUUAAACGUGGCUCACCAGAUCGGAGCCCUCGUCGGGGCUCCAAUCCGAGCCGAGGCCGCCGUGUCUUCGGGCGAUUCGACGCUUGCAGCGUCGGUGUGGCAAUCUCCGGCGCCAAUCAAUUGCAAGAUCCAGAAGGAAGACGGAGGAGCGGAGCAGAGGUCGCACCCGGCCAGCCCCUGCAAAUCCCCCAUCAUCGGCGGCGGCGCGAGGCCAGAUCUGUCCGCCGCGUGCCUCGCCUUCGCGGCGGAGAGCGACGAGCUGUUGGUGCACGAGGAAGGAGGCAGGAGCAAGAAGGGCGGGAAGGGGGUUCCGGUGUUCGUGAUGAUGCCGCUGGACAGCGUGACGAUGAAGAACACGGUGAAUCGGAGGAAGGCGAUGAAUGUCAGCCUGCAGGCGCUGAAGAGCGCCGGCGUGGAAGGGAUUAUGAUGGACGUGUGGUGGGGUUUGGUGGAGAGAGACGCUCCCGGGGUUUACAAUUGGGGAGGUUACUCCGACCUUCUGGAGAUGGCCCAGCGCCAUGGCCUUAAGGUCCAGGCCGUCAUGUCGUUUCAUCAGUGCGGUGGCAACGUCGGUGAUUCCUGCAACAUUCCUUUGCCCAAUUGGGUUGUGGAGGAGGUCAACAAUGACCCAGAUCUUGCUUACACGGAUCAAUGGGGAAGGAGGAACUACGAGUACUUGUCGCUCGGAUGCGAUACGCUUCCAGUUCUUAAAGGUCGAUCGCCUGUGCAAUGCUACUCCGAUUUUAUGCGUGCAUUCAGGGACAACUUCCAACACCUUCUUGGCGACACCAUUGUGGAAAUUCAAGUAGGGAUGGGUCCUGCUGGUGAGCUCCGUUAUCCAUCCUACCCAGAGAAAGAUGGUAUCUGGAGAUUCCCCGGCAUUGGGGCCUUCCAAUGCUACGACAAGUACAUGCUCAACAACUUGAAAGUUGCAGCUGAGGCCGCUGGCAAGCCACAAUGGGGGAACAGUGGCCCGACUGAUGCAGGAGAAUACAACAACUGGCCAGAAGACACUCGAUUCUUCCGCAAAGAAAAUGGUGGUUGGAACAGCCCCUAUGGCGAAUUCUUCCUCAACUGGUACUCCCAGAUGUUGUUGGACCACGGCGAGAGGAUCCUGUCAUCAGCUACAUCCUUAUUCAGCAAUGCAGGCACAAAGAUCUCGGCCAAAGUAGCAGGAAUCCACUGGCACUACGGCACUCGCUCCCACGCACCAGAGCUCACGGCGGGUUACUACAACACCAGGUACCACGACGGGUACCUUCCGAUCGCCCAAAUGCUGGCUCGCCAUGGCGCGGUAUUCAACUUCACCUGCAUCGAGAUGAGGGACCACGAGCAGCCCCAGGACGCGCUCUGUGCGCCCGAGAAGCUCGUGAGGCAAGUGGCUCUGGCGACCAAGGAGGCUGGAGCCCCGCUGGCAGGGGAGAACGCGCUGCCGCGGUACGACGACUACGCACUCGAGCAGAUCAAGGAGGCCGCGGCACUGAACGUUGGCGAGAAAGCAGAUGAGGACGAUGAGAUGUGUGCAUUCACGUACCUGAGGAUGAACCCGACUCUGUUCGAGCCGGAGAAUUGGAGACGGUUUGUGGGCUUUGUGAAGAAGAUGAAGGAAGGGAAAUGUGGGGAUCGGUGUUGGGAGCAGGUUGAGAGGGAUGCCGAACAUUUUGUGUAUAUCAGUCAGCCGUUGGUACAAGAGGCUGCUGUUGCUCUUGCCCACUAGUUUGAGAAAUGGAGGGCAAGAAUACUUUUGUGAUUAUGCACUAGAUGUUUGACUUCUUUCUUUCUUUCUUCUUUUUUUGUAUAAUUUUUUCCUUCUAUAAAUGGAAGUGUAACACCCCGAAUUACAUUUAUCUUGGCGUUUCCCAAAUUUCCCUUCCCAAUCAUAAUUGCACUACAGAUGCAACCACCCACAAGAAGCCUUUUCACUCCCAUUCCCUUAUCCCACCAUUCUCGUGACCGCCAUUAUUAGUGACAGCAAGGUAGACAAGAAAAUAUAUUAUUUCCCAAGAUUCAAUCACCAUAGUUAACUAAUGGACAUCAUUCUUGCAUCGUAGCUUUGUCGGCCAAGGUGCGAGGUGAUCGAAUGACGAUCUAAGCAAGGAAU